AGUAAAUUGUAUAUUAAAAAAAUCGAAUAGAGAGUGUAUUCUUUCCUUUUGACGUUAGUAUUCUUUCCUUUUGCUGAGUUUGUUGAUUCGCUCGCAGUCUUCCCCUAUUUCGAAAGAUGUUAGUUUGCUCAAUUUGCUGAUUUGAUUUUCAUCCAUUUCUCACACACACUCCUUUCCUCUUCUUCCGUCUUCACCUAUUUCAAACAGAGGUGCGUGUUCGCGGUUCUCAUCCAUCAUUUCACUCAUGCCACUUCUCAGGUUUAAUCACUAUCUACUGCCAAAACUUUUAGCCUCCCAUUUCCAUGCUAACAACAAUUUCUCCUCUAUUGCUUUGUCCCUUCAUUAUGCAACAAGUUCUGUUUUUUCUGCUUCUUAUUCAACCACUAAUCUCAGACAUCAAACUGAGGGUAAAUACAGCAACUUUGGGAAUUUCAAUGAUGAUUUAGGGAAAGUAGGUCCUGGUUUUCAAGAAAGCUUAAGUUUUGCUGCAAGUGUUAGUGAUGGGGCAGAAGAAGAAGAGGGGUCUAGUGAUGAUGAUGAGAGUCUUGAGUUUAUCAAUUCCUUUCAUGGUAGCAACGAUAAACAGACACAAAAUAUUGCAAGCAUUGAAAUUGAUGACAGUGAAUUUAGACACCCUGUGGUGAGAGAGGUUUGUAGGUUAAUCACACUCAGCUCUGCUUGGAACCCUAAUUUUGAAGGACGCUUGAGGCACUUAUUGAGAAGCCUCAAACCCUCACUUGUUUGUGCCGUUUUGCGCUCUCAGGCCGACGAACGUGUUGCUUUGAACUUUUUCUAUUGGGCUGAUCGUCAAUGGCGCUACAGUCAUCACCCCCUUGUCUACUAUACAUUGUUGGAUGUCCUUAGCAAGACCAAAUUGUGCCAAGGUGCAAGGCGGGUUCUUCGGCUUAUGACACGCCGCGGAAUUGAAUUGUCACCCGAAGCUUUUGGCUGCGUGAUGGUGUCUUAUAGCCGUGCAGGCAAGCUGAGGAAUGCGUUGCGGGUUUUGACCUUGAUGCAGAAAGCUGGGGUUGAGCCUAAUUUGUCUAUAUGUAACACCACUAUCUAUGUUUUGGUGAAGGGUUGUAAACUGGAAAAGGCGCUGAGAUUCUUGGAACGAAUGCAGGUGACUGGAAUCAAACCGGAUAUUGUCACUUACAACAGCUUGAUCAAGGGUUACUGUGAUUUGAAUAGGAUUGAAGAUGCGUUGGAGCUUAUUGCAGGAUUGCCAUCCAAGGGAUGCCCUCCAGAUAAAGUUAGUUAUUAUACUGUGAUGGGUUUCCUCUGUAAGGAGAAAAAAAUUGAACAAGUGAAGUGUUUAAUGGAGAAAAUGGUUCAGGAUAGUAACUUAAUACCAGAUCAGGUUACAUAUAAUACGCUUAUCCACAUGCUUUCAAAGCAUGGACAUGCAGAUGAUGCUCUUGCUUUCCUAAAGGAAGCAGAAGACAAGGGUUUCCACAUUGACAAGGUUGGGUAUAGUGCAAUAGUUCACUCAUUCUGUCAAAAGGGGAGGAUGGAUGAGGCAAAGAGUUUAGUGAUUGAUAUGUACUCAAGAUCAUGUAAUCCUGAUGUAGUUACAUAUACUGCUAUUGUUGAUGGAUUUUGUCGCUUGGGGAGGAUAGAUGAAGCAAAAAAGAUGCUGCAGCAGAUGUACAAACAUGGGUGCAAGCCAAAUACGGUAUCAUAUACAGCUUUGUUGAAUGGCCUCUGCCACAGUGGAAAAUCAUUAGAGGCAAGAGAGAUGAUAAAUGUAAGUGAGGAGCAUUGGUGGACCCCAAAUGCCAUCACUUAUGGUGUCGUAAUGCAUGGGUUCCGUAGGGAGGGAAAAUUGUCUGAGGCGUGUGAUUUGACCAGGGAAAUGGUUGAAAAGGGCUUUUUCCCAACUCCAGUUGAAAUUAACCUGCUAAUACAGUCUCUCUGUCAAAAUCAGAAAGUAGUAGAAGCUAAAAAAUAUUUAGAGGAAUGUCUGAAUAAGGGGUGUGCCAUUAAUGUUGUAAACUUCACUACUGUAAUUCAUGGUUUUUGUCAGAUCGGUGACAUGGAAGCUGCUCUAUCUGUGCUGGAGGACAUGUACUUAAGCAACAAACAUCCUGAUGCUGUCACAUAUACGGCAUUGUUUGAUGCAUUGGGAAAGAAAGGUAGAUUGGAUGAAGCAGCUGAGUUGAUUGUAAAGAUGCUCAGCAAAGGUUUGGAUCCAACUCCUGUAACAUUCAGGUCAGUUAUCCACCGUUAUUGUCAAUGGGGUAGAGUUGAUGAUAUGUUGAACUUAUUGGAUAGAAUGGUCAAAAGGAAGCCAUUUAGAACCAUAUACAAUCAUGUUAUUGAAAAGCUUUGUGAUUUUGGGAACCUUGAGGAGGCUGAGAAACUACUGGGGAAGGUAUUGAGAACAGCAUCAAAACUUGAUGCUAAUACAUGCCAUGUUCUGAUGGAAAGCUGUCUGAAAAAAGGGGUUGCACUAUCAGCGUAUAAAGUGGCUUGUCAAAUGUUUAGACGUAAUUUAACUCCUGAUUUAAAAUUGUGCGAGAAAGUGACCAAGAAGCUAGUUUUAGAUGGUAACUUGGUGGAGGCUGAUAAACUUAUGUUACGUUUUGUUGAGCGUGGAAUACAACAAAAAUGAGAUGCAUUUGUGUAAGUUAUCUGCAUUUCUAAGCUCAAGCCUCAGAGCAAUGAUUUUUGUUUUCAAUUUCCUUUAUCAUUUUCUUUUGUGGGUAUUACAUCUUGUUGCCUAAAAUGUGGCAAGGCAUUUUUUUGGGAAAAAAUGAUUUUGUUGAGAAUGUAAAUUUCGCUCAUAUUAUAACCAUCAUAUAUGCGAUUUAGAUAAUUUUAUCA